GGCUUUUGUCAAUCCUCUCCUUAUUAUAAACUCGGCCCAGGCGCCCAAACAUGAACGCCGUUCCAUCAGUGUUAGUACUUGCUCGCGAUAAGGACUUUCGCAGCCACAUUUCUCUCCCCGCCUCUGUCUACUCCACCAUGGACGACCUGCCCAAUUACCCUUCCCGGUCAGCCCGCCGCGUUCCACGUCCGCCAAAUCCCUUCGUUAGCUUGGAAGACGAUGAAGAUGUGGCAUUCGACACUGCACCAGAGUACUCCUCCACCGUCGAGUCCACCAAGGCUCCUUUCCCAGAUCACGACUUCAUGAACUCCUCGUCUCCUUCCUACUCGACUGCUCCCCUUCGUGGCCCUUCUCCUGAAACUGACAGACGACUCCAUAUCCCUGAUAACCAAUCUUCGCCCGAGCCUUCACCCGAUACCGACGAUGAGCCCAGGACACCGGCUGAUGAUGCGCAAAUCCACCUCCAGCUCGCUCGUGAGCUUCGCAAGACCCUCGGUUGCCCGUUCGACCCAAGCACGGGUACCGGUGCAUUCGACGCCGCUCGGCUGGGUGACCUGGACGAGCAGCUGCUUCGCUUUCCCAAAGACUCCUUUUCGGACCUUUGUUGGGCCGAAGCCGUGCGGGACGACGACGUCGAGGUGCAGCACCGAGCUGAGGUUACUGUCCCGAAGCUACAACCUGCUCCGAAGAGGCGAAUUAAGAGGAAGCCUGUGGCAUCUGAGCUAGAUAUUGAAGUGGGUACUACCCAGUAUUCCAACUCGCCUCCGUCGACCAGAAUCGGGAGUCCGCUGGUGUUCAGCGACCUUACCACUCCACGGAGCGCGAGCAUAUCUCUCCGGAGCCCUGGAGGUGAGAGCGUCGGCCCACCGGCAAAGCACGCCAAAAGCAUGAAUCUCCCAUACACCCGGCCCCUGUAUGCCGAAUCGUCGCCCGCGAUGGUUGUUCGUUCUUCCGCGCGCAAGUCCAGCCGAAUCAGCAAGCCUCUCCCGGACGUCCCGCCGCUCCCCCGCGUGUCGUCUCCGCUUUCUCACUCUCGCUUGCCGUACGCGCACAACCAUGCAGCACAGUCGACGGCGACGCUUGCGUCGCCAUGGUACGGGACCGGCUUGAGCAACCCUCGCGACUCAGUGCACUUCUUUCCGGCGGUGCCGAGGCAGCGCUCAUCUUCGACGGCCUCACGCUUCAAGCGAAAGAAGGCCAAGCCCAUCGGCUCGCCCACGGAACCGGUCCCUCCCAUGCCGCAUACGGCUACGGGCACGACUUUUGCAAGCGUCGGAUAUGGCGUCGGAUCCGGUGUGGGAUACACGCCACCGCCGCCUCAGCCUGACCCGUCGAGCCCGACCGUGGCAACUUUCAAGAGCAAGAGAAGCACGCCGCUGCGGAUCAUCUCCAAUGCGGUUGGCUCGCUCGGUCUCGCUGCUCGGCGGCGGACGAAGUCGACCCCUUCUCAGCGAUAAACGCAACAGCGGAUUUUUAUUCCGCCCUUUUAUGACUAAUGUUUGAACGAGCGACUUCUGGACUUUGGACUGUGUCUGCUUGGGUCUCCGAUAGUGCCUUUCUUUUAGCAUUUCUACUUCACGCCUGCUGCUCAUCAAUCUCUGUUUUCUUUCCCCUGACAUUUAGUCACUCCGCAUUUGUUUGUUUGUGCUCGUCUUCACAGUUGAUCAUCUGUCCUUUCCCGUCUCGUUUCCCCUAGUAACCUCGUACAACUCCCUUGCUCACUCAUUCACAGUGCUCAUACCAUCCACUCAACCUCCGCAUACCCCUCAUCGAUCAUCAUCCGUCCUCGUCACCGUUAU